AGACGCCAUUUUGGUUGUUGCUCCUGCACUUUGUUUCCACGUCUGUGUUUGCAUUUUGCUCUUUAUCCCGCACGCAUCGCACGUUCUGCACUAUGUAUGCCGCUGUUGCUUUGGUUUAUCAUCAAGCCCAGGACGAUCUCCACAGGUUUAGGAACUACCAGGCCCCCGUCUCCCAAAAGACUCUUCCUGUCCCUGAUCCUCGCCCCAGUGUCUUCACGAUCACCGUCAACCCCCUCUCAUCCCAGCCCGACCCCCAGACCUCCCUCCCCGUCCCUGCCCCCAGAGCCCGCCCUCAAGUUGUGGAGAUAGAUCUUGGUGAAGAAUCCAAGCAGCCCCAGUCAUGCUCGGCCGUCCUUGUGUCCUGUGUGAAAUACAUGUUCCAGAGUUUCUUCACGGAGAGAUAGACUUUGGAUUUGUUUGCUGUGCCAGUGUUGUGUGAACUACUAAUUUUAGGACCUUUCGGAUGAACCAUUUGGACUAUUUGGGACUAUUUUUGAUAACAUACAUUUUUUUUCAUACAUGAAUUAAAAUUUAUAUAAUAUUCUGCUUAAAAUGUAUGUGAUAAAAGCUGUUGCUUGAAGAACGUGUCUUGUACAUUCAUGUUUUCUGCAUCCCUUGUUAUGAAAACUGAAAUCGAGAGAUUGCUUCACAGGCGGUCCAUGCCAAAUUGUCGCUUCAACUAAACUAUUGCUAUUUUAAGAGUUGGUCAAAAUGGGGAUCGGGUAGAUGAAAUGGUGCUUGAUUUUUUAAAGAUUUGUUCACUAUGUCAGUGCAGAAAAAUGAAAACAAACAAAACCUCGAAGGAGGUCGAGCUCCCGCACAAAGACUCCACGCCAAGCAGUCGCAGCAGCCAAGCAGUCGUUAUUUAAGAGAUCAUUACAAUGAGGAUCGAAUGGUUACACUGUGGGACUCCUAAUUAAAGUAACUCAUGUUUCCCAUGCUGCAGUUAUCUCUUACAGAGCCCGAGGUUGAAAUGUGAACGUUGAACACCCACGUAUCAUGCCUGUCUGUAAACAAAAUUCUUGCUGUCCGAAUCUGAACAGUUAUUACUCAUGGAAAAUAUCAGUUUAAAAAUGAAUAAAAGCUUAAUUAAUUUAGUUUUAUUACCUCACCAAAAUAUUUCAAGAUCGUAAUGAUUCAAGUAAACAAGUUACAGUUAUCACAAGUCGCAUGUGAUUUGUUGUCCCUAUAAAAUAAUACAUUUAAAGAUUUUUUUAUCCGGGGGGUCCAAGGUCAUUCCGACCGUCACAGUCAAGGGCUUUUACCUACCAAUGUCUACAGGGAUCGUUCUAGAAUCGACCCUGUAUGAUUAUUAAGUAAUCCCAUGCUUUAAUUACUUAUAUGACAUUUCGACAGCUCUAGGAGAUGUGGCGUCCUCGGCAUUCAUUCUGGGUCACGCGACUUCCGGGAUGUAUUCAUUACAUUACAUGGACCCAGUUUUGGUUUCAACCAACUUCGUACACUUUCAAGUUUCAAAGUUUAUUGGUACAAUUUCAUUAUUU